GAGCAAGGCAGGGGGGCGGGAAGGGAGUCGGAGACACAACAAAGAUGGCGGCGGCGACUGCGACGGUGACGAAGACGGCGGCGGCGGCGGCGGCGUUGAACAAGGCGGUGUGGUUUACUCGAUGCAGCUGUCAGGAGACCUCUGUAUGGCUUUUCAAUUUUAGUUGAAAUUCUCUCUCCAUGGCCUUUUGGAGUCGCUUGCUGUAUCUCCAGAGUAAAUUUCAAUUACUCUACAUUUCAUCAAUGUUGGAGUGGCAAGAAAAAGGAGGAACUGAUUUGGGGUGAAAAGUUUUGUUUUCUAGGUAUAACAGACUGUAAACGUUAAAAAAGCAAAGAUGGGUGAAAAAAAACCAGAGCCUUUGGACUUCGUGAAAGAUUUUCAGGAAUACCUGACUCAGCAGACCCAUCAUGUGAACAUGAUUUCUGGAUCAGUUAGUGGGGACAAAGAAGCAGAGGCUCUUCAGGGAGGUAGACUCAUUUUAAUACUACUAAAUAAUUCACUUUUUAUACACUACUAUGAUUGUGUGUAGCUGUUACUGUAAAGGCCACUGUGCAUUAAUGUGAAUCAUUCUGUUUUUUUCUAGAAAGAUACAGGGCAUUUUUCCCCCUUUUUAAAACAUAUCAGACUUCUGCUGGAGAGUGCUUAACAUGGUCUGGAGAUGCAUUAUGGCCUUGUUGGAAGGUUAGGGGCUCCAAAUACCCUUCCUGUCCUCCAGUUUUUAUGAGCUAGCAUUAGACACAAGGAACCCAAAGGGGACCGGAACAUCAGCUUCACUAUACAAACGAUUAGGCCAUCAGGAAAUCUGGAUUCGACCUGAGACCAAAAUAGGGGUUUCAGUUUCUUCUCUCUUAAAAUGAAGAAAGAGCUGACCAUAUUUACCUAUCCAAGAAGAGAAACGAAAAUAGAGAAAGUGGUAACCUCCUUGAGCUUGCUAGAGCUGGAACAGAUGGUGAUCAAAAUGGACUUGAUCACCCAUCUGUUGAAGUUUCCCUGGAUGAAAACUCAGGAAUGUUAGUAGACGGGUUUGAAAGGACCUUUGAUGGGAAGCUCAAGUGUCGGUACUGCAACUAUGCCAGCAAAGGAACAGCCCGGCUUAUUGAACACAUCAGAAUCCACACAGGUGAAAAACCUCAUCGAUGUCAUCUUUGUCCAUUUGCAUCUGCUUAUGAGCGUCAUCUGGAAGCCCAUAUGCGUUCUCAUACUGGAGAAAAACCAUACAAAUGCGAAUUAUGUUCCUUCCGCUGCAGUGAUCGAAGUAACUUGUCCCAUCAUCGAAGGCGCAAGCAUAAAAUGGUACCAAUUAAAGGUACUAGGUCUUCCCUAAGCAGCAAGAAAAUGUGGGGGGUUUUACAGAAGAAAACAAGCAAUCUAGGCUAUAGCAGAAGAGCACUAAUCAACUUAAGUCCACCUUCCAUGGUGGUUCAGAAACCAGACUACCUUAACGAUUUUACCCACGAAAUCCCAAAUAUCCAGACUGACUCCUAUGAAAGUAUGGCAAAAACCACACCAACUGGUGGCCUUCCAAGGGACCCCCAGGAACUCAUGGUUGACAACCCUUUGAAUCAGCUCUCUACUCUAGCAGGGCAGUUGUCCAGUUUGCCACCUGAAAACCAAAACCCUGCAUCCCCUGAUGUAGUUCCCUGCCCUGAUGAAAAGCCUUUCAUGAUUCAGCAGCCCUCCACCCAAGCAGUAGUUUCUGCCAUAUCAGCAAGUAUUCCUCAGAGCUCCUCUCCCACAAGCCCAGAACCUCGGCCAUCCCAUAGUCAAAGGAACUAUAGUCCAGUGGCAGGUCCAAGCAGUGAGCCAAGUGCCCACACGAGCACUCCCAGCAUAGGAAACAGCCAGCCAAGCACCCCAGCCCCAGCCCUGCCGGUCCAGGACCCUCAGCUUCUGCACCACUGCCAGCACUGUGAUAUGUACUUUGCAGACAACAUCCUUUACACUAUUCAUAUGGGAUGUCAUGGGUAUGAAAAUCCUUUUCAGUGUAAUAUAUGUGGAUGCAAAUGUAAAAACAAGUAUGAUUUUGCCUGUCAUUUUGCAAGAGGGCAACAUAACCAACAUUGAUUGAAAAUAGUCAUAUUUUACUUAGUUUUGCUGUUUUGUGGUUUGGUUUUUUUGUUCUUUGUUUUGGUCAUCCCUAAUAAAGUGUCUGCUAAUUCAAGGCUUAUACAUUAUAUUUAUAGAAUAUAAAUUUGACAGUGGAAUAAAAUUUUCCCUUUUUUUCAUAAAAAUCUGGUCAGGGUCAUUUAUAUAUUAGAACAGUUAGACACAUCGGUGUCUCUUCUCCUUCCGACAUUGGAUAACUGGAGUGCAGUCAUAAUCUUACAAGAUGUUCAUUUGAACUUCUCACAUUUGUGGUCCAUAAAAACUUCAAAAGGCUUAUCCAUACUUUUGAUGUUUCAAUAUACAUUGAACUGGAUGUUAUUUCUGCCAUAUUUCAAAAUAGUAGAAUAAAUUACUUUCUUUAAUGGAAUUUAUUACUACUCAUUUCAGUGUUUAGUACAGAAAUUGCCUUAAAAAUUGCUAUUUAUUGAAAUACCACUUAGUUCACAUUUCUUAAGUUGAAUUGGUAGUUUCAUUUCAACUGAUAAUAGUAAAGCUAUUUCAGUUUAGCAAAUUUUUCUUUUUUCCGCAAGGGGAAAUGUAAAACAGUUAAGACUUGAAAUUGAAAACUCUUUUAAUAUUUAAAAUGACUUGUUUAUUCAAUGUCUAAACAUGUCAGUUGUCCACUGGAUUUUUAUUUUCACAGGUAAAUACACUAGAGUGCUAGAUGCCUUUUUCCCCUCUCAGUUUGACUUUCAUUUAAAUCCUUCAUUCUGAUAUCAUUACUGUUAGGUGAGGUGGAUAACUAUAAUGAGAAUCUCUUAUUCUUCCUAUUCCAUUGAUGACCAAAGAGGUAAAGUGAAGUCCUCCUUAAAAUUAAAAUGCAGCCUCCAAACAAAUUUCUCAAGAUUCCUUUUCCUUCCUUCUAUCCAUUUAUUGCCCAUAAUUUCCAAGAAAAGGUGGGUAUAGAAACACAUGAGAAAAUGUGAUAGUGAAGUCAUAUUUACAAAAAUGAGAACAUGUCCAAAAUGGAUUCUUGUCUCCUCUUCAGAAUUAGCCGUUUAAAAUAUUUUCUGUGAAUUCAAAUUGUAAUUCUUAUUUGCAGUUUUACCAGACUUCAUAUAGAGUGACGAAACUAUGUAGAAACUAAAUCAUUGCUUUAGUGAGAAAGGAUAAAAAGGUGUGGAAAUGACUAUAAAAUGCAUAUAAAUAUGACAUUUGUUUAUAAAAAUAAGACUUAAUAAAUAUAGAGUAAUUCAUUUUGAAUAGGAGGCUGUUGUUUUUUAUAUUGUGUAAUAACUCACAUACUCUGAAGAGAGCUUGGUCAAACAAUAAAAUAUACUGUUACUAACUUGGUUUCUUUUCUGUGUACUUUGCAAAAAUUCUAUAUUUAAUUUUGUUCAUAUGUUGAAUGUGCUUCUAAUUGGCAUCUUAAAGAGAAUAUUAAGCAUCUAUUAACCAAAAAAGACCUCUAAUAGUAAAUGAAAGGGAAAUAUUGGUAGUAUGUACCCACAAAAACCCCAGGUGCCAAGUUAAUGGAUCCUCUGCCUUCCCUUUCAGAUGCUAAAAAGCCACUGUAAUGAGUUCUUGCAGUUUAGCAUCUGAUCUAAGCUACUGCAUUGUUUAAAGAGCAGCAUCAAGGACAGUUUCUCCAAACUGGACUCUUUGUCAAAUCUUGUACUUUAAAAUUCUACAAUUCUGUUACAUUGUUGCUUAAAUCACUGCCUGCUCAGAUCCCUUUUUACUGUGGUAGUUUCCAAGUGUAUAACUUGGCUUUAGUAUUUAUCAGUUGCCAGAAAGAAACAGGUUGUCAUUUGGAAGCUUUUGUGGUGAUUUUUUCCCAUUUUAUUCCUCAGAUAAAAGCAGUACCCCAAAAUAGAAAAUGAAAAUUUUCAUGAAACAAAGAGAAAGAACUCCCGUGUUAAAGCCAGCUUAUUAACUCUAUAUUCUCAGUCAAAUGCAUUUUUUUCUAACAACUGAACAUGGAUGUUGUGAAGGUGCAUUUUAAUUUAAAUAUGGAAAAGAUUUUUUUCAUAAUUACAUACUAGAAUGUAAAAUUAUAAUUUUGCUAUGACUUAAAGAGCACAGUUGAUAUCCCAAAGGUGUUAGAAGCUACAGUUACUCUAAAUGCACUAAAAUUUUUGAGGCAAAUCUACCGUAGAGGCUUUUUGGUAUUGUAUUUUUAAAAAUAUUUAGAUUUUAUUUAAAUUUCCUGUGAGGUAAAUUCUGUAUUUGGAAAGAUGUUCAUGUCUUCCCCUCUGUAUUGAAUGUUUCUCUCAUUUUAUUUUUAAUCAAAUAUUUUAUAGAAAUGAGUUGCUGGGAAGAGUUUAACAUGCACUAUUUAUAGUACUUUGCCGUUAAGAGGCAAUGUUCUGAAACUAAAUUUAUUUUUGUUCAGUGAACAUAUGUUUAGAUUUUUAAAGUUGGUAGAUAAUUUAUCUCCACUAAUAUUUUUUUAAGAAACUGUGAAGAGAUUAACUGGGAAUAAUUUUAUUUCAGAUUUUACUAGUGUAGUGUGUAGCUACAACUUCCUGAAAUUCAAGUUAAGGCUAGACUUUUACUUUGAAAAAAUUCCGCUGGGUGUUUCCAGGGCUAUUUCAUUUUAGAAAUAAGUGUUUGCCAUUCUUCUGCAAAAACUGAACAAGGGGAAUACUACAAAAAAUAACUCAGAGAGAAAAUCCUCAUUUCAAGUUCUACAAAAUAUUUAUCAAAUGAAUGUUAAUUUUUGUUAAAAUUCCCUGCUAAAAACGUUUUCAUUAGUCUUAGAGGAUACAUGCUUUCUAGAACUUGUUUUUGUUAACAUGUGCUUUGAUGUAAAGAACAUAUUUUGUAUGCAAAACAUAACUUGCAUUACGGUUGUAAAAUACACUAUAUUGUUUAGGGAUUCUGGAAAGCAGUUUAAUGCGGAAAUAACUAUAUCUAGUAUGUAGUUCAUAUUGUGAAUGAAGCUUUGCUUUUGUAAUAAAUAAAAAAUAAGACUUUCUAAUGA